AUGGACAACUAGACCAGAUCACCAUUAGUUAAAAGAUGAGAUGAAAUCCCCCCAGUUUUACUCUAACUCGAUGGACAACUAGACCAGAUCUUCGCAGGCUCGAUCCGUGUCUCGUCUUCCUCCUCGCGACAGCGCCGCCACCGCUGCCGAGCGCCCCAGUCCCCUAGCUCGUCUUCCUCCACCGCAGGUUGAUCUCCCCUCUCUCUUUCCCGACCGUUUCUCCUCCCAUCACCCCACGAACGGAUUCCGCCCUUUGGCUCCCCGUUUCAUCUUCCCCAAUUCAUAACUGAGGCGAAAAUCAAGGUGGGGCGGCCGAUCUAUCUUGCCCUUCCGGGUCCUCCGCCCGUGAUUGUCGAAAGCUUUCGGAGUGAGGAUUUUGGCUCUCAGAUGCAUGCUCUCCUAUUAGCUUAAAAAAGCUACUUCCAUACUUCCAAAAAUUGCAAAAACAAUGUACUGUGGGUUAUUCUACGAUUUCUUGUUGAGAAUAUUGAGGCGCAAGUUGUCCUUUGUUAGGUCUGGUUAAAGCCAGAAAACUAUUCUCCAAAUCUCACGAUGGAUUAUCUUGAAAUCAAGAACAAAGAAGAAUAUCAGAUGGAUUCUGUUCAAAUCAAGGAUAAUGAAGGGCACCCGGUAGAGAUGGUUGUUGACCAGCGGUGUUUUCUAGAGCCCUUAUGUCCAGAGGAGGUCAAUGAAGAUACACGAAUAUACCCUCGUGUAGGGGAUGAGUACCAGGUGGAAGUUCCGAAUCUAGCAACGGAAGAGGAACACGUGAAAUUAAGGUCAUCUGCAGUUGAUGGCAGCAGAAUGUUUGGUUUUGAGUAUCCUGUGGCAGUAGGAUUAACUAUUCCAGUCACAUGGACCCAAAAUACAAGCACUCACAUGAAAGAAGAGUGGAGGAAAAUUUCAGGACACAAUUCGUGCCCUUCAGAAGAUGGACAUAACAACCACAUCAGUGGAAAUAGUCCAAGAAAUUUAUCUCAGGACAGCACUUAUUUAGAGUGUCUGGGCUGUAAAGUUGAAUAUGACGAACAAGGUGAGAAGUUAUCAAAAAUUGCUGGACAAGAUAUGCACUGCUUGCAGAAAAGCAAAGUUUUAAGCUGUUCUUGUGUAAGGAGGGAAGUCAAUGAUUAUAUUCCAUUGCCUGUAAUGCCAAGAUACUCAUGGACGGAUGAAGAGGCACAAACUUUUCUUCUUGGUCUCUACAUUUUUGGCAAAAAUCUCGUUCAGGUGAUGAAAUUUUUGAAGAGCAAGACAAUGGGAGAAGUUAUGUCCUACUACUAUGGAGAAUUUUUCAAGUCUGAUGCAUAUAAACGUUGGGCAGCAUGUAGAAAAGUAAGAAGCAGGAGGUGUAUACUUGGGUUGCGUAUAUUUUCUGGUCCUAGACAGCAGGAACUGUUGUCGCGUUUGCUUGCUGGCGUAGUGAGGGAAGUUCGAGAUCCUUUGCUAGAGGUAUUUAAGACAUUCAAUGAGGGAUCAUUUGAUUUUGAGCAGUUUAUUUUAUGCUUAAGGUCCACAGUUGGGGCGCAAGUUCUUAUAGAUGCAGUUGGAAUUGGCAAGGGAAAAUAUGACUUGACUGGAUUUGCAUUAGAUCCUAGUAGAAACAAUGGUAUUUCGACCCGUGCAGAAAUCCCAAUUGGCAAGGCUUGCUCAUCCCUUUCAACUGGAGAUAUCAUAAAGUAUCUGACUGGUGAUUUCAGACUAAGCAAGGCAAAAUGUAAUGAUCUAUUUUGGGAAGCUGUCUGGCCUCGCUUGCUUGCCAGAGGGUGGCACUCUGAGCAGCCUAAAGAUUCUUCACUCAUUGGCAAGCAUGCUUUAGUCUUCCUCAUUCCAGGUGUAAAGAAAUUUUCCAGAAAGAAGCUCGUCAAAGGAAAUCAUUAUUUUGAUUCUGUCAGCGAUGUCUUGAGAAAAGUUGCAUCUGAACCAAGGCUACUUGAGUUUGGAGUUGAAGGUGGGGUUAAGCUUGAAAAUGGAUGGAUACAUAAUGUUGAAGCUGACAAAAACACAGCUUCUGACAAGAAACCUCCUUGCUAUAUCCGGCCCAGUGAACCUGGGUGUUCUCCAGAGUUAAUGAAAUUUACUGUGGUGGAUACUAGUUUUGUUCAAGGGGAAGAACCUGGUAAGGUAAGGUCACUAAGAAAUCUACCUACAGAUGCCAGUCACGGUUACAAUUCUUCACCACGUUCAGCAGAUUCUGGGAGUGGCAUCUCAGAAGAACCCUCAGAUUCAGAAGACAGCUCUCAGCCUUACGAGGAUCUAAAUACUAAUAUAAGCACAACUGAUGCUAGCUCUGUUAACAAGGAGAGAGAAAUUAAGCCCCCAACAGGUGAUAAGAUGGAUGCUGAUGUACUUCCAAAGGUUUCUACUUUUGCAAGCACAAUGAAUGGUCAUAUUCCAAUUGAUCAAUCUUACGGCACAAUGAAUAAUGUCUGUUCUUCAACUGCAACAGUUCUUCCUGUUGGUAAUCAAAGGGUUCAUCGUACUAAUUCUUCAACCGAAAUAAACUUUCAGUUUGAUAAGAGAGUACAUCCUGAGCCUCAAGUUUUCUUAGCACCUGUGUCAAAGAGAAGUAGGCUAGUUUCUUGCAAGAAUGAAAGAACUAGUUGCAAAAGUACUGCUGGCAAUAAAAGACAUUACUGGGAGCAAGCUGGCACCCCACCGCAACAUGUGCCUAAAGCAAAUGGAGCAAGUGUAGGGGUCAACUCUUUCGUAUGGAGUGCAAUUCCGGACUCAUCAACCAGCAUAAGCUUCGACGUUAACAACAAUCAAGCACAUAGCAGACAGCUUCACCAUGUGCUCCAUAAUGUUGAAGCAAUGUCUUAUAAGGAGAAGUCCCAACAUAAGCAUGUUAUUGAUUUGAAUAUCCCGCAAAUGCCUUCUGAUUAUGAGUCAACUACAAGCUACAUGUUUCCUCCAUCUAUACACCCAUCAGAAACGAAGGAGAUGGAUGACUGCCUUCCAGACAUGAAUGCCUCUAGUAAUGCAGUCUUGAGUGAGCAGCUUUCUUUCAACUCAAGGAGGCAGAGUACCAGAAGCCGCCCACCAACAGCCCGAGCUCUGGAAGCUCUUGCUGGUGGCUUUAUGGGGGCAAAACAGAAGGGUGGGGAGGCAAAUUUCCCAUCUUCAAGCAGGAGCAGCAGACCUGUCCGGCGACCACGAAGAUCAACUGAUGUUCUGGCUCCAUUUUCUUCUGAUGGUGAGGGGUGUAGUUCUCAUUUGACUGAUCCAGCCAUUGUUCUCAAUGAGUGUCACAUGAGUAACCCUCAGUAUCAAACAGUUCACAGAACCCCCUCAGAUAAGUCCAGUGCCAAAGAGACUCAUGAAUUGUUUAGGGCAGACAAGUCUACGGAUAAAGGAACUCAUGAAAUUGUUUGGCAUGCCGUGGAUGGGAUGAAAAGCAGUAAGGAGUUCCAUGCCCAGCAACUGCGUUGAAUUAUUUAACCUUUAUAGAAUGGAUUAUCUGCUAGUUAAGAGAACGACAUGAGCUUAUGGUCAUAACACCACAUGUAGAAAGUGAUGGAUCACAGAUGCUACUUCGCCGAACUUUUGUUUUGGAUUAGGAGACAAAUUGAGAAAGCUUGUGCAGAUAAUUGCCAGUUUCGGCUUUAGUUUGAGAUGCAUGUGAAUUGCUGAAUGUUUGCGCUUGAUUCUUAUGAAGAACAUAUGAACCCAAUGAACUACAAACAUGUGAGGGAUGUUUGCCUUCAAGCCUUUUCUGAUGCUAUAAGAGGGUUUAGGGUACAGAAAAAGCCAGAGCAAGAAUCAUGCUCUCGUUGUUAGGAAGUCAUCUAAUGAAGCUUUUGCUUGCUUUUUCUUCUGCAGGUUUUCUGAUGAGUUAUACUUAUAUAUACUCUUUACCUUUUUACAUGUACCAUGUGGAGUUGCUGGAGAAGUGUGUAACUGUGCGCCCGUAUAAGAGACAGUCACCAAACUUGUAAUUCUGGCCUUGUCCAACAAUCCCAGAUUUCAGACAGGAGAACUCAAAAUACAUAUGCUCCGUUUAUUAUUUUUUGGUUCUUUUUGCUA